AUCAUGAAUGCCACCGAAACCCCAUAUGUACCGUAUGUAAUGCGACCAGAAACCUACAUUGUUCCAGUGCUCUUUGCUUUCAUCUUCAUUGUCGGUGUCCUGGGCAACGGUACACUUAUUAUUGUCUUCUUAACGGUGCGUCAAAUGAGAAAUGUGCCCAACACAUAUAUUUUCUCUUUGGCUUUGGCAGAUUUACUAGUGAUUGUUACAACAGUUCCACUAACAUCAACAGUUUACACUGUGGAUUCAUGGCCUUGGGGCAGUUUACUAUGUACAAUGUCGGAGUUUUUUAAAGAUGUAUCCAUUGGUGUAUCUGUCUUUACACUGACGGCUUUGUCGGGCGAUCGCUACUUUGCCAUUGUUGAUCCCUUGAGGAAAUUUCAUGCUCACGGCGGAAAGCGAGCAACACGCAUGACAAUAGCCAUUGCCUUAUCAAUAUGGCUUUUAGCCAUAAUCUGCGGUCUGCCGGCAUUAAUUGGAACAUACAUUAAGGUAGUCGUUGUUAAUAGCAACAAAUCGUUUUCUCUGUGCUAUCCAUUUCCCGAGGAAUGGGGCUGGGAGUAUGCCAAACUGAUGGUAUUGCUGCGUUUCCUAGUCUAUUAUGCCAUACCACUGGUUAUAAUUGGAGUUUUUUAUAUCCUGAUAGCACGACAUCUAAUGUAUGCGGCAAAUGUUCCUGGCGAAAUGCAAGGCGCUGUUCGGCAGCUUUUCGACGUCGAGUUUCUGUGUCGUGUUGAUCGCACCUUUGCUGCUACAAUAAGACGGGUGCGCACCUUGGCUGCCACAAG